AUGUGUCUGAGUCUGAUAGUCUACCCCAAGACGCCGUCGUUUUAUUUCAGUCUUCCUCACUUCACUCUGGUUUCUGAUUAUAAGCUUGGAAUCAGACACUUGUUACUGUUAUGUCUUGUAGUCUUCAUAAAUGGGUUGCCUUGUCUCGGCCACGAGAACAUGUUUGAUGUGAAAGCUUUAUAUGUUGGGAAUGAAUCGUGCAAGGAGACUCUGCCAUUGCAAUCAGGUUCUCGUGUUUACAAGCUAGAAAGACUAAAGUCGAAUUCUUGGUAUGAAGUGAAGAUUUCAUACCCUGCUUCUAUACCUGCUCGGUUUUCGCUUCAACUACUAAAGAACAGUGAAAUGGUGGUGUUGAAGCUUAACCAAAUGAGGAGAUUACUAGAUACCAAGAAGUUGAUCUUUAAGGCGGAAAGUACUCUGCAAGAGUUAACAAUAAGGCUGGAUUGUAUGUUUUGGUUACCAUGGAACCCGAGGGGAUCGUGGCAAUACCGAAUUCGAAAGAAAGAUCUUUCAUCGUUUACAACGUAG